AUGAAGACGAAAUCUGAUUACGCCGAGGUGCCAGUGGCAACCCUGAGCGAUCAGCGGAAGCUGUGUUGGUCCCCAGGCACCAGGGUUAAAUGUGCUCUUAUCGCAGCUCUGGUGACUGUAUUGCUAUGGGACUGCUACUCCGGGGCACCUCGAGCAUUUUCAUUUCCAUCUUCGCCCGGCCACAAAUUGAAGACAUCCGAAGUGGUGGCCUCUGAGUCCGCGACUGAUAAUGAGAGCGCAAACAUAUCUACCUUCCGCUGGUCAUCUAUUACGCCGUCCAGAGACCUCCAAUAUCAUGACUGUCUCGAUGGAUUUCAAUGCGCUAGGCUCGACCUUCCGAUGGACUACCACAGGGAAGAUUCCCCAGACCGAAUAGCUCUGGCGAUUGUCAGAAAGCCCGCCAAAGUCCCCGUCAGCGACCCCCGAUAUGGAGGGGCAAUACUCGUGAAUCCAGGAGGUCCCGGUGGCUCGGGGGUGGCGAAAGUGUUGUAUCACGGCGGCCUGAUCCAGCAGAUUGUCGACGCAGCCAACGAGACGAGGACGACCGAGUCUGACUCCGACUCGCACCAAGACUCGGAUGGCCAGCACAAGUAUUUUGACAUUGUUGGAUUUGAUCCGCGCGGCGUCAAUAACAGCACUCCCAUCCUUACGUGUUUCCCGGACAACUUUGCCCGACAGACCUGGGAUCUGCAAGUUCAGGCCGAAGGACUUUUGGGCAGUUCUGAGGGCUCGUUGAGAACUGCCUGGCGGCGGGCGCGGGCAUACACUGAGGGCUGUUCCUCCCGCCAUCCAGGACAGUCUGAGAACACUACCUCUAACUAUCUCGAGCAUGUCAACACUACCCCCGUCGCCGCGGAUAUGGCACAGAUCAUCGAGCGGCAUGGCGAAUGGCGCGAGCGAGAGGGCGUCAAAGCAGCAGCACGAGCAGCAGUUGAUGUCAACGGUCGAAAUCGAGAUUCUCGGCAAAGCAUCAUCGCACGCACAAAGUGGCAGCGAGGUAAAGAGAAAUUACAGUACUGGGGCUUCUCGUAUGGAACGCUCCUCGGAGCCACCUUUGCCGCCAUGUAUCCGGAAAAAGUGUCACGGAUGGUUUUGGACGGCGUGGUCGACGCCGAGGACUACUAUAACGGCCCAUGGUUAGGGAACCUCGUCGACACCGAUUUGAUUCUACACAAAGUAUGGCGCUACUGUUCGGAAGCCGGGCCGGAUCGAUGCCCAUUUUGGAGACCUGGUGGUCCACAGGCCAUCCAUGCUGUAUACGAGAAGUUGUUGCACGAUAUCUGGGACGACCCGUUGUCGGUGCCCGGUGACAACCGGCGCCGCGGGCCUGAGAUAGUUACAUGGACAGAUGUGAAAAUGGUCGUCAAGAACGCCUUGUACCAGCCUGUCAUGCUGGGUCCCCUCAUGGCUGAACUAUUGCAGGAUAUCACGAAUGGCACGGGAGCCCUGUUUGCAGAAUACAAGCAGAGCGCGCGGAAGCCGAGCUGUCGAUCAGCACAGUGUGAAAUUGAUGGGCCCUUUUCCGAGGAAUGCGUCUCUCCGAACUGGAAUGAGUUGGAGGCCACUUCGGCCGUCUUGUGUACUGAUGCUGAGGGGAUCGGCAGCUUGACGGAGGAUGAGUUCCGGUCUUAUUGGGAGACCCUGCGUGGCCAGAGUAGUGCUAUGGGCGACUACUGGGCGCAGACUCGGCUGAACUGUGCUGGCUGGAAGGCUAGGGCUAAAUGGCGGUUUUCUGGACCUUUUGACAUGGGAGAUGGAACGUCCACUACCACUGGUAGUGCUACCACGGCACAUCCGAUACUCUUCGUCUCAAAUACCCUGGACACCGUCACUCCGCUGCGCAUGGCCCAGAAAAUGUCUUCCCGGUUCCCUGGCUCCGGGCUCCUCCAGCAGGACGCCGAGGGCCACUGCUCGUUUACCGCCCCUUCGCUGUGCACCGCCAGGGCUAUCAGGCGGUAUUUUCAAACGGGAGUCAUGCCGCAGCCUGGCACGCGGUGUGAGCCUGACAUUAAGCCGUUUGAGGGGCAAGAUCUGAGUCAAUUGUCAGAUGAGAUGGCCUCGAGCAUGAGCGAGGAAGACGUCGCUCUUCUGGCAGCACUGGUUGAGAUCGCACGCAGUAGCAAGGCCGGCAGGAUGGGUUGGCAUUACUGA